CAAACACCAAAUCACAUCAGCAAUAGCAAACCAGCCAUCAUCUAUCAAGCUGUCAUUGCCUAUUUGAUGUAUUGUACCAUCCAUCUUAAUUAUCUAUCUAUUUAUCUAUCUAUCUAACUAACUAACUAACUAUAUAUCUUGCUUUACAUUGGCUUGGCUACAGCAAUUUGCAGCUAAUGGUCCAACCCCAACCCCCCACCCCAUGUCUUUCUCCCAGUCACUCUUUCUCCCUCAUUUCAGCCUUGAGGCAUCCUGUUUCUUCAGCUCCUUUGCUUUCAGUCACAAUGCUGUGGAGAGGGAGAAUGGGUGGGGGGCAUUUAAGAGAGCAGUAGGUGGGAGUGGAGUCUGACCGCAGAGGGUCUACUGUUUAAGAGAAAGGGAAUUCUCUCACUCCUUCUCUCCCUGUCGCUCUCCAUCUCUCUAUCUUCCUCUCUCACCCUCACCCUCUUUCUCUCUCCUUACUGGCUGAACAUCAGCCGGCUCUCUAGGUAGACUCGAGUAAACAUUCAAAGAGAGCAGAGAGAGAGGAGGGAAGAUGACAGAGCUGUCAGCACCAUGAGAGAUACAGACUGGUGAGAACAUUUGCCAGGGCUGCCUGAUAAGGCUCUCUUCAACACUGCUACUGCUUAGGUUUUCCAAUCAGUGGAGAGGCUGUGCGCGUUGUGUGUGAGGACUCAAGACAAGAACACCACUUUGAUACCUGAAUAGACUAUUAUCCAGCUGCCACUUCACCAGAAGCCGCAGUGCCAGGGUGUCAUCAUGUGGAUGAAAGGCUUUGUUUUAGGCUGCGUGACUGUGGCCCUGCUCCUCCAGCUCUCCACAGCCGGCCUGGUGAGGGUCAUCCGCCACCGCAGAGAGGCCCUGAUGCCCGGGAAAACCUCGGAGAACCUCACCCUGCCCCAUCCUGACCAACCAGUGGUGUUCAACCACGUCUACAACAUCAACGUGCCCUCCACGUCCCUAUGCUCCGUGGACCUCGACUCGCCUGAAGGCACACAACUUAAACACAAGAGCGGCCCGAUGGAAAUGCAGAACACGGAGCACAUGGAGCACACGGUGGAUGGCGACAAUCAGAUUGUUUUCACCCACCGCAUCAACAUCCCCAAGCAGGCAUGUGGUUGUAAUAACCAGCUGCCAGACAUCAAGGAUAUCCUGAACAGGCUGGAGAUGCUAGAGUCUGAGCUGUCUAGUGUGAGGGAGCAGUGCAGUAGUGGGACAGGAUGCUGUGGAGCUCAAGUUACAGGUGAUUUGUCCACAAAGCCCUACUGUAAUGGUCAUGGGAACUGGAGCACUGACACCUGCAGCUGUGCUUGUGAACCCGGAUGGAAGGGCCCCAACUGCACCGAACCUGAAUGCCCCAAUGACUGCCAGGACCAGGGCCGCUGUGUGGAUGGCAAAUGUGAAUGCUUUGAGGGCUUUGGUGGGGAUGACUGUGCUAUUGAGCUCUGCCUGCUGGACUGCGGUGACUAUGGCCACUGUAUUGAUGGCUCCUGCCUCUGUGAGGAGGGCUUCCUCGGUGUGGACUGCUCCCAGACCAACUGCCUCAACAACUGUCUGGGCCGGGGACGAUGCGUAGAGGAUGAGUGUGUUUGUGAUGAGCCAUGGACCGGGUUCGACUGCUCCGAACUCAUCUGUCCAAAUGACUGCUAUGACCGUGGACGCUGUAUCAACGGCACCUGCUACUGUGAAGAGGGCUACACUGGGGAAGACUGCGGCAAUCUCACCUGUCCGGGCAACUGUAACAAUCGUGGCACAUGUGUGAAUGGGCAGUGUGUGUGCCAGACUGGCUACAGUGGAGAGGACUGCUCAAAGCUCACCUGUCCUACAAAUUGCAACGAGAGAGGUCAUUGCUUUAAUGGAAAGUGCAUCUGUGAUCCAGGAUUUGAGGGUGACGAUUGUUCCAUCCUUUCAUGCCCUGACAACUGCAGCAACAGGGGCCAGUGCAUCAACGGAGAGUGUGUAUGUGAUAAUGGAUACCAAGGCGAAGACUGUAGCGAAUUGUCCUGCCUCAACAAUUGCCAAGACCGGGGUCACUGCAUUGACGGACAGUGCAUAUGUGACAAGGGAUACUCUGGGGAUGACUGCAGCAUCAAGACCUGUCCAAAAGACUGCAUGGGACGUGGAGAAUGCAUUGACGGCAAGUGUCUGUGCUUCGCUGGCUUCACAGGUAAAGACUGCAGUGAGCUGACCUGCCCGAAUGACUGCCUGGACCGUGGCCACUGCGUGAACGGUCAAUGUGUUUGUCAUAAAGGUUUCACCGGUGAGGACUGCAGUGAGAAGACAUGUCCCAAGAACUGUCUAGACAGAGGUUACUGCAUUGAUGGCAACUGUGUGUGUUAUGAGGGUUUCACCGGACUGGACUGCUCCAUACUGACCUGCCCGGGAGACUGCCAGAACCAAGGGCAGUGUGAGAAUGGAGUAUGUGUCUGUGAUGAGGGCUUCAUUGGAGAGGACUGCUCUGAGGUCUCACCACCCAGGGACCUAAAAGUGGGGGAGGUCACCCCUGAGACAGUGGAUCUGUCCUGGGAAAAUGAGAUGCGUGUCACUGAGUACCUGAUCACAUACGUGCCCACCGCAGCAGGAGGCCUGGAGCUAGACAUGCGGGUGCCUGGGGACCAAAAGGUAGCCACUAUUCGGGAGCUGGAGCCUGGAAUUGAGUACCUGAUCAGCGUCUAUGCUGUUCUCAGCAACAAGAGGAGUGUUCCUGUCUGUGCUAGGGUGGCGACACAUCUGCCUGAGCCCGAAGGACUCAAGUUCAAGUCAGUGCGGGAGACGUCAGUGGAGGUACAGUGGGACCCACUGGACAUUCCCUUUGACGGCUGGAACCUCAUCUUCAGAAACACUAAAGAGGAGGAUGGUGAGAUUCUUAACUCACUUGGCCAUCCAGAGACCACCUUUGAGCAGUCUGGCCUGGGCCCCGGCCAAGAGUACGAGGUCAAACUUGAGGUGGUGAAGAACAACAAGCGUGGACCGCCUGCCUCCAAGAACCUCAUCACAAGGAUUGAUGCCCCCGGCCAGGUUAACGUGCGUGACGUGACAGACACCACAGCGCUGGUGACCUGGUUCCAGCCUGUGGCCCAGCUUGACCACAUCAGCGUCUCCUACGGGCCCAGCUCAGACCCCGCUGACCGCAACGUGAUGGAGCUGUCCUCCUCGGACACCCAGUACCACCUGGGAGGCCUCACGCCCGACACACAGUAUGAGGUGUCGCUGACUGCUCGGAUGGGAGAAAGGACCAGUAUUCCUGUUUAUGAGUCUUUCCUCACAGACCUGGACGCCCCCAGAGACCUGCAGACCGUGGAACUGACAGAUGAAAGCAUCACCCUGGAGUGGAAGAACAGUCGAGCUCAGGUGGAAAACUUUCGCAUCAAGUACGGACCUCUGUCUGGAGGCGAGCACGGAGAGCUGCUCUUCUCUCCAGGACCCAAGGACACCACCCAGGCCAAGAUUACCGGCCUGAGACCUGGCACAGAAUAUGGGAUGGGUGUCACGGCCGUGAAGGAUGAGCGGGAGAGUCAGCCCACGACCACCAACGCAGUGACUGCUCUGGAUGCUCCCAAGGAGCUGACUGUUGCAGAGGUGACAGAGACCACCAUUUUGCUGGAGUGGAAGCGCCCCCUGGCCAAACUAGACUCCUACAGACUGGUACAUGUUUCCGCUGAUGGCCACAGGGCUGAGGAGGUGGUCCCAGGCAGUUCUGAGUCUCACACCCUGAGGGGCCUGACAUCCGGCAUGCUGUACACCAUCAGCAUCACAGCUGAGAGGGGCCGCAGGACCAGUUCACCGGCUACCAUCUCCGCACCCACAGAGGAGGAGAAGCCUGUUGUGACCAAUGUCACUGUCAGCGAUGUGUCAUGGGACAGCUUCCUCCUGUCCUGGUCUGCUGAGGACGGGGCAUUUGAAGCCUUUCUGAUUGAAGUUACCAAUGCAGAAACGGGUGCUGAGUGGCAAAACCACACGGUGCCUGCGGAUACCCGCAGCCUCACCCUCUCUGGCCUCUCCCCCACCACGUGGUACAGGGCCAAUCUGUACGGGGUGUACAGAGGGACCUUCUUAGACCCUGUCUUUGCAGACACCAUCACAGAGGAUGAACCGGAGGUGCAGGCUCUCCUAGUGUCCGAUGUCACCCCUGACAGCUUUAGGCUGGCCUGGAUGGCUGAAGAGGAUGUCUUCGACACCUUUGUCAUAAUGGUCAGCCAGCCUGAGGGUCCAGGCAAACCAAGAGAGCUGGUGCUGGGCGGCGAAGAGCAAAGUGCAGCAAUGACAGAACUCAAUGAGGACACAGAGUACAAAAUCGAAAUCUUUGGGCUUGUUCUGGGAAGACGCUCCAAGUCUGUAAUCGAGGGGGUGAGAACAGAUCUGGGCUCACCCAAGGGCAUCCGCUUCUCUGAUGUCACAGACACAUCCGCCACCGUUCACUGGGCAGUUCCGAGAGCUCGGGUGGACAGCUAUAGGGUCACAUAUGUGCCUGCUCAUGAAGGUAAUGCUAAGACACUGACAGUGGGUAACUCUGAGUCUCACACUGUGCUGCCCAACCUGACACCCGGGGUCACCUAUGAGGUUACCGUUGUCGCUGUCAAGGGUCAGAGGGAGAGUGAACCUGGGUCAGACAGUGUCACCACAGCUCUGGAUAAGCCCCGUGGUCUCACUGCAGUCAACAUCACAGACACUGAAGCUCUGCUGCUCUGGCAGCCCGCCAUUGCUACUGUAGAUGGCUAUGUCAUCACCUACAGUGCAGACUCAGUGGCUCCGGUGAUGGAGCGCGUGUCAGGAAAUGUGGUAGAGUUUGAGAUGAGCUCCCUGACGCCAGCUACGCACUACACUGUGAAGGUGUAUGCAGUGAGAGACUUGGCCAAGAGUGCAGCCACUACAACUGACUUUACAACCGAUGUGGAUGCACCUCAGGAUAUGGCUGCCAGUAACAUCCAGACAGAGAACGCCAUGCUGACCUGGAAGCCGCCUCGUGCCGACAUCACCGGAUACAUUCUCAGCUUUGAGUCUGCCGACGGCACUGUGCGGGAGGUGGUCCUGAGUCCCACCGCUGUAUCAUACAACAUGGCUCAGCUCCGUGCCUCCACUGAGUAUUCAGUCAAACUGCAGGCCAUCGCUGGUCCUAAAAGAAGCAGAGUCAUCACUACUGCUUUCACCACCACUGGUGUGCUGUACAGAUACCCCAGGGACUGCUCCCAGGCCCUGUUGAAUGGCGACACCUCAUCUGGCCUGUACACCAUCUAUCUGGGGGGAGAUGAGAGCCAGCUCCUCCAGGUCUACUGCGACAUGAGCAUAGAUGGAGGCGGAUGGAUCGUUUUCCUCAGACGCCAGAGUGGGAGACUGGAGUUUUUCCGUAACUGGAAGAAUUACACAGCUGGAUUUGGUGACAUGAAUGAUGAAUUCUGGCUGGGUCUGUCCAACCUACAUAAGAUCACAGCCGGAGGUCAGUACGAGCUGCGUGUUGACCUGAGAGACAAAGACGAAACAGCCUACGCUCAGUACGACAAGUUCUCUGUGUCUGAACCUCGAACCCGCUACAAAGUCCACGUGGGAGGAUACAGUGGAAAUGCAGGUGACUCCAUGACCUACCACCAUGGUCGUCCCUUCUCCACUUAUGACCAUGACAAUGACAUUGCCGUCACCAACUGUGCCCUGUCCUACAAGGGAGCCUUCUGGUACAAAAACUGUCACCGUGUCAACCUCAUGGGACGAUAUGGAGACAACAGUCAUAGCAAGGGUGUGAACUGGUUCCACUGGAAAGGCCACGAGCACUCGAUCGAGUUUGCCGAGAUGAAGAUCAGGCCUUCCAACUUCAGAAACCUGGAGGGAAGGAGGAAACGAUCAUAAAACCUGCAAAGCUCCACCACCACACCCACCAAUAACAACAACAUCGCUACUUCUCUGUAUGGACCCCCCCGCCCCAAUUUUUUUUUUUUUAAAUACCCAAACCCACACAUCCACCCAGCAGCAACCAAGGCCACUGCACAAAAGCCUCCCUUCCUCAACCGUUACUCCAUGACCCCCUACCCCUGUGUAACGGUUGUGGAAAUGUUUUUUGUGCUGAAAUCGGUGUACAUUUUACAAACUGGAUUAAAAUUCAAACUCACGCAGAUUCUACUCCCGCACCAGAGAGAAGAAACAACUCCAACUCACCUGAUUCUGGUCCUUUCUCUUGUGUUGCAGCAUUUGUGGGGAGGCGUAAGUGCAGCUUUGGCAUUAUGUUCAAUUCAGUUCACUAUGUCACAUCCAUUGUUGUUUAUAGUAUAAUGUGGUCUUGUUUAGGUUCAGGGUCUUUUUGCUAAAACUAUAAAGUGGUCAUAAUUCAGGGGGAUUAUCAUCCUGUUCCUUGUACAGUACUGUACAUGUAUGCAUCUGAUUCAAACAUUCAACACUCAGAUAUCUCAAUCUAACUUGCCAUUUGUUUGUCCUUGUGCGACUUCACUUGUGUCAGUGUCACUUUAUCCUCCCCAGGUUCCCUCAUUUCCCUCAACUCAAGCCAACAUCUGAAGUGAUAAGAGAUGGAAAUGUAAAGAGAAAAAAAAACUAUAGUAAAGUAUUUUACAGGCCAUAUCCCAUGUCCAGCUAGGCGGAAACAUAAUGAAUGUUUCCAUUCAUUAUGUGAGCCUCUGAAGGCAUCAUGCAUCAGCAACAGUGUUAUGUUUAGAAAGAACGGAGAAAAAGAAAAGCAGACGUGUUUCGAUUUGUUUCGUUUUUCUCAUGAAUCCGAAGGCAGGACGUAUUGUUCAGUGAAAAAAAAGAAACAUGGUGAUUAUUCUGCUUUCUUUAGUUUUUGCAUUGAAUACAGUAAAUACUGCAUUUGUGGAACACGAGAAUGUUGUGUUAUUGAAUUAAAUGAUGUUGAUGAUCAAAAUGUAUUUUUAAAAAAGGCCAACUCCAAUUGAAUACCAGUUGACAAAGUAAAGUCUCUUUGCUUAUGUUGAUGAAAAUAGUGUUUGAAGAGGCCAAAAUUAGAGAACUAGUUACUGUUCCACCCCUUCGUCCCCUGGCUCCCAUCCCCUGCUACGGCAGGAUAUUAAACCACUGAUCUUUUAAAGAAUGCCUGUGUAAAUUAAGUCUGUUUUUGUUGUUUUUGUUUGUUUAUAACUGGGUGAACAAGUGUGUCUCUGUAAGCUGUAUUACAAUAAACAGUUUGUUUAAAGGAA